CUGUGUUCUGUCUGUGAUUGGAUGUAUUUCUGUUCAAACCCGAGGCGCACUUGGAUUUUAUUGGCCCCGAGACUUACUCUUUAAGCUCCAUUUAAUAUUCCAACGUGCAAAGCCAGAUCAGGCUUUAAACAAUGGUAGAACAGAAGAGCGCAGAUUGAAUCGAUUUGUCACGAAACGCCGUCUUAAUGAAAUUAUCUUUAAUUGAACCAACCAAAUAUAUUUGAAUUUGAUAAUAAUAUUGAGUAACGUUUUGCUUCUAAAUCAUUUGUGAAAUAAAAUCACAUCACGUCCUUGUAAUAUACAAGACAUACAUAUAUUUACAUCCAUUUAUCUGCCAUCCGCUUCUACCGCGGACAGGGUUGCGGGGGCAUGUCGUAUUUUUCAACAUUAAAUUGAUUUGAUUUAUUUGCGAAUUAUCCAUACCCCUUUAACGUAAGGCUGAUCAAGCGAUUUUCGACCACACUGAUGGCAUAUGGAUUAGCGUAAACCCGGGUCUGGCGCACUCCCCCGCCACACCGGAGCUGGUGGGUGAUCGCUGAUAUCCCGCGGCAGGCGACGCAAAACCAGCCCAUGGUACGAGGACGCGCUUGCUGCACUCCCUGAAACCAUGGACUUCAAUGUCAAGAAACUGGCCUCCGAUGCAGGGGUUUUUUUCACACGGGCAGUCCAGUUCACGGAGGAGAAGCUGGGCCAGGCUGAGAAGACUGAGCUGGACGCCCACUUGGAGAACCUCUUAGCACGGGCAGACUGCACCAAGAACUGGACUGAGAAAAUCUUCCGUCAGACGGAGAUCCUUCUGCAGCCCAACCCAAUUGACCAUACGGGUGCCCGCAUUGAGGAGUUCUUCUAUGAGAAGCUGGACAAGAAGAUUCCAUCCCGCAUCACUAAUGGGGAGAUUCUGGGCCAGUAUAUGGAGGAUGCAGCCAAUGACUUUGGUCCCGAAACUCCCUACGGGAGCACUCUGAUCAAAGUGGGGGAGUUCCAGAGAAGACUGGGUGGUUCGGAGCGUGAGUUUAUACAGACAUCUGCCAUCAGCUUCCUCACGCCACUGCGAAACUUCCUGGAGGGUGACUGGAGGACCAUCUCGAGAGAGAGGCGUCUUCUCGAGAACCGGAGGCUGGACCUGGACAUCUGCAAAGCACGUCUGAAAAAGGCCAAGGUGGCUGAGGCCAAAGCUUUGGCCACGCCCGAUUUUCAGGAGACUAGGCCUCGCAAUUUUGUUCUGUCAGCCAGUGCUUCUGCGCUCUGGAGUGAGGAGGUGAACAAAGCGGAGCAGGAGCUGCGUGUAGCGCAGACCGAGUUCGACCGCCAGGCAGAGGUGACGCGUUUGCUGCUAGAGGCCAUAAGCAGCACACAUGUGAGUCGAGUUGCAGCAGCACUGGGCGUGGGGGUCAUGCGAUUUGCACGAUUCUCGUAA